AUGGAUGAGCUAUACGGAAACUUGUCAUAUCGCCGGCACAAGGAGAUUGAUCACGUACCGAGUGUGGCAGGAAGUGUAUUGACGCUGAGACUCCUUGCUGUCGAGAUCCUGGAGCGCUCUGCCAGACACAUCAAAACGCUCUUUGCGUGGCGACGCAAGCAACGAGACCAUGAGGAGAGACUGGCGAAGCGCCCCAAAAUUACUCUGCUAUACCCCGGCCAGACCAUCACCACCCACCCAACCUUCACCGUCGACCCCAUUGACGGCAUAUCCAACUUCGUCCACGGCUUCCUCGAUGUUGCCGCCUCCAUCGCCCUUGUCUCACGUAGAGUGCCCACACUAGGUUUCAUUUACAACGUCUUCGCCGACGAGCUCUUGUCUACCAUCAAGUGCUACAACACAUAUCACGCCACACAAAUCAGCACUACGAUCACUGCCGACGACAUCUCCAACAACAAUCAUACAAAAUAA